UCCGGCGGAAGCGGCCUCAACAAGGGAAACUUUAUUGUUCCCGUUGGAUGAGCGAGGAUGUCGGUGAAUUACGCGGCGGGGCUGUCGCCGUAUGCUGACAAGGGCAAAUGCGGCCUCCCCGAGAUCUUCGACCCCCCAGAGGAGCUGGAGCGGAAGGUGUGGGCGCUGGCCCAGCUGCUCUGGGAGGCCUCCAAUGUGGUCUUCCACACAGGCGCCGGCAUCAGCACCUCCUCCGGUAUCCCCGACUUCAGGGGCCCACAUGGCGUCUGGACUAUGGAGGAAAGGGGCCUGGCCCCCAAGUUCGAUACCACCUUCGAGAGCGCACGGCCCUCGCAGACCCACAUGGCGCUGGUGCAGCUGGAGCGGGUGGGCCUGCUUCACUUCCUGGUCAGUCAGAACGUGGACGGGCUGCACAUGCGCUCUGGCUUCCCCAGGGACAAGCUGGCCGAGCUUCAUGGGAACAUGUUUGUAGAAGAAUGCGUCAAGUGUAAGACGCAAUACGUCCGGGACACAGUUGUAGGCAGCAUGGGCCUCAAGGCCACCGGCCGGUUCUGCACCGUGGCCAAGGCCAGGGGGCUGCGGGCCUGCAGGGGGUCGCUGAGAGACACCAUCCUGGACUGGGAGGACUCACUGCCUGACCGGGACCUCGCCCUCGCUGAUGAGGCCAGCAGGAACGCCGACCUGUCCAUCGCCCUGGGCACCUCCCUGCAAAUCCGGCCCAGCGGCAACCUGCCACUGGCCACCAAGCGCCGGGGCGGCCGGCUGGUCAUCGUCAACCUCCAGCCCACCAAACACGACCGCCACGCCGACCUGCGCAUCCACGGCUACGUCGAUGACGUCAUGACGCAGCUCAUGAAGCACCUGGGGCUGGAGAUCCCCGCCUGGGACGGACCCCGCGUGGUGGAGAGGGCGCUGCCACCCCUGCCCCGCCCGCCGGCCCCCAAGCUGGAGCCCAGGGAGGAGGACCCUGCCCAGCUCAACGGCUCAGCGCCCCCCAGCCCCAAGCAGGAGUCCACUGCCCAGCACAACGGCUCCGGGCCCGCCAGCCCCAAGCGGGAGUGGCCAGACACUCCUGCUCUCUGCAGGCCCCCAAAAAGGGUGAAGGCUGAGGGGGCCCCCAGCUGACCAGGGUGCUCGGGGAGGGGGGGGGCUUUUGUAAGAAACUGCGGAUUUUUCUUUUUCUUACUGGUCUUGCUUUAUUAUUUGUAUCUGGCCUCUGGGGCUGCGGUGCUUGGAGAGCUGGGCUCCAGGCCCUGGGGCUGACUUGCUCUCCUUUGCGGCUCCCUUUUGCUCAGGGGUCUAUGGUGGGGGCCUGGAAAGGAGCGCCCUCUCUCCGACCUUGACCCCGGAACUGACACCCCAGGCAUUGCUUCUUCCUCCCAGCCUCAGCACAUGCUAGGGAGCUGGUGGCCGGGCCCUCCCUGGUUUCCACCCUAAAGCUCCCUCUGCCCCCUGUGUCUCCUCCUUGUCACCCUCACAACCCUUAGCCCCCUGCACAGCUCCUGAGCUGCCUCCCCAAGGCCUCUUUAACAGACCCGCAAGGGGGUGGAGCCACCAUUUGGGGGCCCAGGCCUGGGGAUGGGGUGAACAAUAAGGAUUGCACUGCCUUUGGGUUGGAGGGAGAGAGCUGACUCCCUCCAGGUUCCAGAAAAGUCGUCAAUGCAAUAAAAACAACUAAUUUCUCGCA